AUGACCCAAGCUGGCCUCCAUGUCAUCUUCGACAGCGCCUGCGAUGACCACCUUCCCCGCGUGGCAGAGCUAGACGUUGUCGCAGUCCACGGCCUCAACUUUAAGAACAGCGACGAUCACGCUCGAAAGACAUGGACGAUGGGCGACAAGCUCUGGCUUAAAGACUUCCUCCCGAAGACCCUUUCAAGACCCGCUCGGAUGAUGCUCUUUGAAUACAACUCGAGCCCUGCCAUAGGUGCAACGGCUAUCAAACUCGACGACCACGCGAACAACUUGCUACAAUGGCUCAAACUGAAGCGGAAGAGUGACCCACAGAAGCCUCUUGUGUUUAUAUGCCAUAGCUUAGGUGGAUUGGUUGUCAAAGAGGCACUCGUCGCAGCCACAUUAGAUGUUACAUAUAAAUCUAUCGUCGAGGCGACCCGUCUUCUCGUUUUCUUUGCUACACCACACCAAGGCGGGAACUAUGCUAGUUUUGGUGAUAUCGUGGCCAAAAUAGUCAGAAGGGGUAUGUCAAAGCCAAGGAAUGACCUCCUUGAUGCCUUGAAGGAAAACUCGGACCAAGCGACGAAACGAUUUGAACAAGCUCGCCAUUUGCCCGAGAAAUGUCUUGUCGUCAGCUUCUUCGAGGGAGACCCGUAUGGCAAGAUGGGUCUUAUUGUCGACAAGAAAUCUGCUACAUUGAAUCUGCCGGGUACGCGUGAGAAGCAGAUAGCCAUGCACGCUGAUCAUAGUACUAUUUGCAAAUUCGAGUCCGCCGACAGCCUCGCAUGCGAGUUGGUUUUAGGGACUAUCACUGAAGAGGUCGAGCGCGCUCUGAAGAUGGAUUGGACUGCCCCUUGUCGCAUGCCGAGCUAUCCUUUGAGCUCAAUGGCACCAGUGAAGACAUUCGUUCAGCGACCAGCUCUUCGUGACAGCAUCCGAGAUCAGCUCGUGAAACCCCUCGAGGCUAAUAGACAAGGGGAGGUAAAGAAGGUGGGUGUAUGGGGUAUGGGCGGGGCGGGAAAGUCACAGCUAGCUCUAAGCUACCUGCAGCAUUAUCGAACCAAGUAUGAUGCCACAUUCUGGAUUCAAGCGGACCAGACGGCCUCUAUCGACCGAGAUUUCCUAGCCAUCUACCGACUGCUAGCAGAGGCUACGUCUUUACUAUCCGACCCGAACCCCGAAGAUGUGAAGCGAGAAGUACUCGGCUGGUUUGCUAGAGCAUCUGGAAAGUGUCUUGUCAUCUUCGACGGUGCCGAUUAUUUGCACCAAACAGACAAAAACUUUGUGGCGCUGUCCGAAUACUUUCCGGGAUCCCCCAACAUACACAUCAUCAUCACGAGUCGGACAUCCGUCGCAAAAUCUAUGUCGACGUUCGAGGGAGUUUCUGUUGGGGAACUUGAAGAGUCACAAAGCGUUGAACUCUUCCUGAACUGUGCAGAGGUACAACCAUCGCCGGUUAAUGUGGUGGCUGAAGCCAAACUCAUUGUGAAUGAGCUGGGUUACCUUGCCCUGGCAAUCAGCAUGGCGGGAAAGUAUGUGUCACAGACCCCGCGGCUAUCAUCCAAUUUAUCUGCAUAUCUCGAGGAAUUCCGUCGCCGUCGACGGGAUCUGCUCUCAGAAACGCCGGAUGAACUUGUUGCAAGGUAUCACCACAGCGUCAUGACUGUGUGGGAGACGUCUUACUCUGCGGUAUACGAGCAUGUUCCGGAGGCAUGCCGACUUCUAACGUUGUUGUGUUUUAUUCACUAUGAUGACAUCUUCCUUGAGCUGUUCGGCUUAGACAUUGAUUCAGGUUCAACAGCGGUCGCAUCAUGGACAUCAGUUUUAGGGUGUCAAAUUAGGGUUGACUUAUAUCACUUGGAAAAAUGGUUUGGGGUUCUGGAGAAAUACUCACUGUGCCAGCACAAGAUGACGCAAACAUCAUACUCGAUUCAUCCCCUUGUUCAUGCCUGGGGCUACGAUCGACUACAGGGCGACGGAGACGGAGUGAACCGCUUUUGGUACGCAGCAUCACAGUUCCUUGGUGAUUACCUGAAGGUUAUUCGUGAUCGCCAGGCUGGGCCAGCGUCAAAGCUGCGAGUUAUGCCACAUCUGACAGACAACAUCCAAAGCUUUAGGAGGGCCUCAACAGUCGUUGACUGGAACCAAAUUGAUUCGCUGGAGACUCUGGAAAGCUUCGGUCUAUUUUUUAGGGAAAUUGGACGCUGGAACGAAGCAGCAUUAUCACAAAGGGAGGUUCUUGAGAAAAGGCAGCGGAUUCUUGGCGAUGAGCAUCCAGAUACCAUCACGGCGAUGAACAACCUUGCA